AUGCAGUCGAUGACAGAACUAACGAGAUCUGUUUCUUAUUAGCAUUUUUUAUUGAGCUCGAUGUUUGACUAUGUAGCACGACUUUAAAGUGUUCGGUCUGCGAUGUAAAGGCUCUGCUUUCACAGGGGCUGGUGACAGGGUCUUAAACAAAGAAUUAUUUAUUUUUAUAUAUGAAAGUCUUAAGAGCUCCUUCUUGCUUAGAAGGCACCAAAACUGUUUAUCCCGGCUGAAUAUACAGUCGUUAAUCCAGACUGAACCUACCCAUUUGUGGUCUGUUAUUAUUAUGCAAACGCCUAGCGCAAGGUGCCGCAUUUCGCAUCAUAACUUUAGAUGUUGCUUAGUGUCGUGACGUCAUCUCUAGUAAUUGAUGAAAUGCGUUUUCACUUUAGGCGAUUCCUAAAUACCUAUUUAAGCGACAGAUUUGGACAACUCCUAACUUUAGUGAAUACAGAAUAUGUUUCAUAUCAAUAUAACGCAAUGUGUUAUGUUUCAGGUCUUUUGGACACCCUGGAUACGCAGGUGGACGCGAAGAACUGUCCUGGCGUGUGCAUGCACGCGCUUGCCUCCCUGAUCUGCUCGAAUGUUCUCGAAGAGGUGGAGUGCCCAAAGCCAUCCAUGAAGUGUUGUUUCGACGAGCCAUUGGGGAAUGACACUGUGAUAACGACCCGUCGGCCAUUCACUACGCGGUAUACCACCACAGAGGCUGAUGAUGAGGACGAGGAUACCACCACGGUGGCGCCGCACGACGCGUACAAAGACAGUGGUAAUAUCGCAUGUCCUGGAGUAUGUGUAGAGACAAGUCUCACGCAGUAUUGUAUCUCGUACCUGACCUCCAAGAACCUAUGCGUGGAGGGGCGGCUAUGCUGCGUCUCCAAGGACGGGUAUGGUGACAAGCCCCCCGCUGAUCUGGUCGUGCCCAAUGAGAAGAAGCAUUCCACCAAGAGGCCUACUACUGCGGUAAGAAUAUAUUUAGUAAUUAUAUCGAAAAGUAUGUAGAACAAAGUCCCUGUUUUAUUUUGUCUCGGAACCCUAAAAGACGAUUUUUUAAGCGGAACCAAUGAUAACUAAAGAAAUUACCUUUUGAAUAUGUUUUAUGCGAUACUUGAAAAUAAGACACAAAUUGUAUAUUAUAAAAUAAUAUUGUAAGCAUUACAAAGUCGUAAAAUCACUUUACGAGUCUAUUCUACUAAUGUUUCAAUUAACUUUCGGACUGAACGUCAAGUUCCUGUGACUACCUUUCGAGAAUCUUUGAUGCACUACUAUCUACGUUGCGAAUUUUAAAACCGGCGAGUAUGUAUGAAAAUAGUAAUGAAAGUGGAUGUGGUGAGAGAUGUAUGUAAGGACCGUACAUUGUGGCGAUAUAUCCCCUGUGUUUAAAAUUCCAUCAGUCCCAGGUACCACGAGAUGAGACUCGAGCACGCGACUUUUCGCCAUCCGGGUGACUACUCUAACCAUUGAGCUACCCGAGUGCCAACAAUACUGAUAGAUUUAUAACUGUGAUCAGUUGACGACGGUCCCUCCGCGUCCUCGGCCCGGCCGCAAGUGUCAGGGGGACUGCAUAAGCGGUCUGUUUGCGCUGCUGUGCGAUCACGUGGACGAAGACGCCGUGUGCCCCGCCGACGGCACUUGCUGCAUCACCGACAACAAGCCGGAGACCACCACCACUCCCAGACCUACCACGCCGGUAACGCGGAAAUGACGGACGUUUUCAAGUGUAAGAAGUCUGGCACGCAAUGUUGCGCGCCCAAGUCCCGCGUGCAGGAGGCACUCGGGUCGCGGGACCGCAACGAUACAUUCCCGCUCCCCACCACGCCCGCCUACCCACACGCCGUGCCCGCCAACCCCACCACCACGCCCAUGCCGAUUUAUGAGCCCAAUUACGGAUCUACAUUGAAAAUUCCGGAAAAGUACAACAAAUAUGUCUGCGGCGUGAAAGGUACGUCGGGCGGGUCCGGGUCGGCGAGCACGUCUCGGGCGCUAGGGCGUGCGGGGCGCGUGAUGGGCGGGGAGGACGGGGAGCGCGGGGAAUGGUGCUGGCAGGUGGCGCUCAUCAACUCCCUCAACCAGUACCUGUGCGGGGCCGCGCUGAUCGGCACGCAGUGGGUGCUCACCGCAGCACACUGCGUUACCAACAUCGUCCGUUCCGGUGAGCCAAUAUUUGUUCGUGUGGGUGAUCACGACCUGACCAGGAAGUACGGCUCGCCUGGCGCACAAACUCUGCGCGUCGCUACCACCUACAUACACCACAACCACAACAGCCAGACCCUCGACAACGAUAUAGCGCUUCUCAAACUGCUGGGCAAAGCGGAGCUCAAGGAAGGUUGGUUUCACAAUUUUUUUUUUGUUUUAUCCCUUGACAUAUUUAUGAGCUGUCGUACACGCAAACGAAUACCAUAACUUUAAACUUUGGUCAAUUUCGUUAGGUGUUGAAAGUCAAUGGUUAAAUUCAUUUUUACCUUCGGCGAUUCUUAAAUAUUUAAGCGACAGAUUUAGGCGACUCCUAAGUUUAGGGAAAACGGGUAUAAAUUCUUUCUUUUACACUACACAAAUUACCUAUUCCUUUUGAUUUCAUCCAUAAGGUAG